GCUGACACGGGAACCACUACAUUGUAACGUAAAUAAAUGCCAUUCCUGCAGAGGAAGUGCAACAGCAUGAAAACUUUUAGGAAUUCUGUCCCUCCCAGGUCGGAGCCCAUUGGUUCAGCCUGUGAGUAACGCGAGCCCUGCUCUCCCCAUCUAUACAUCAUGUGAUUUCUAUGAUUCCUCUAAACUUCCAUGGAAACUUUUCCCUAAUAUUAAAAACAGAGAAAUAUGUCGAUUUGUUUUCCUUUUAUUGGGGAACUUUUUUGUUGUUGGUGAAAAACUAACGUGCACUUAUUCAGGCGUUGAGCAUGUGGUCUGUGCGCUGAGUACAUUGUCAGGCAUCACUGCUUGUCACACAGAGUUCGGUAACACAUAAGAAGCAUGGCCACUACUAUCUCCCCAGAUGUCUGUCUGAGUGAUAUUGUGCUGCAGUAUCCCGCGGAAUCCCUUCAGGUGGUGCCAGGACUUCUAGCCACGGCGGUGGUGCUGGGGUUGGUGCUCGGUACAACGGCAGCAGUGCUCAUUUGCCUCUAUGUACUGCUACCUCUGCUUUCAAAGAAGGUCAGUAGAUUAGAAAUAAAGAUCAAAAUAGAAUUGGACGCCAUCAAACUGCAGAGCUUCCACGUCUUGGAAAAUGACACCAGUCAGGAGUGGGUGGGUAAAUUGGAUGGCAUGGUGAGCAAAUACCGCAGUGAUUUGAUAGCCUUCAAAAAUAAAAAAUUGAACAAUGUGGAGAGUGAUUACAGGGAACGGCGGGUAUACAAAUGGCUGUAUGGUAAAGAUGAGUUGCCAUACAGGCGACGUAGAAAUCUUAGAUCUAAGAACACCCUUAGCAUUGUUGACAGCAGUGGAGGUGAUUCCUCUGGUACUGAGACCACUUCUGAGGUCCCGGCACUAAGGGAGAACACACAACAGAUACAAUCUUCUUCCUCUUUUUUAGGGGUCAGCACGAGGUCCAAUAUGAAACCACCAAUACACAGUACUACCAAAAGAAAUCAAAAAGAGGGAGGACACGGAGGGGGGGGCCACAAAUCAAAAUCAGAAACAAACAAAGAAGAAACAAAUAUAGUGUUUAAUCUUAGCAGCAGACCAUUAAGUGAGGCUGAAAUAAAUUUGCUUAAUCGAGGUCUAUCCUUUGUGCCAACUCCACAUGUAGACACUUUUGAGAGGAUGGUCGAUGUACACAGGUUUCAGCGCCAAUUAAAAUUGAGAGACCAUUUUAGAGAACAAGAAUAUUCUCCUGAACCAUUCAAAAAGAAAUCUACAUACGAACCACCCCACACUCAUGCUUCCAUCAGGAAUUACACUAGAAUACUCACACAAAGUGUUAAUGAAGCUUCAAAUGUAGCCCCCUACCCUAAUUUGACCAAGGGUGAAAGAGAUGCUCUUAUUGGGUUAAGUAAUGAUAGAUCAGUCAUAGUCCGCCCUGCGGACAAGGGUGGUUCUAUCGUGGUGCUUGACUAUACAGAUUAUAGACAAGAAGACCUUAGACAGCUGUCUGACACAACUACAUACGUAAAACUUAAAGGGAAUCCUACACAGCCUCUUGCAGAUGGAGCAUCAAACCCUUCAUUACAUGAGAACUAUAAGCAGGCUUGCUUGCCAAAUCAACUGUUUGAGGACUCCGCUUGUAGCAGCAUAGAAUCUCUAAGCCAUGGCGAGAAGGAUGAUUGUAGUUCUACAACAACACAGUCUACAACAAGCGAAGAUCGUUUCUAUGGAAGGACCAUUCCUAGAGUUAAACAUUUUCCAGGGGUCCUAACCUGUAAUAGUUCUGAUGUUAAACUGUGCCUAUACAGUCUGUGUUUGCAAAGUUUGCCGCUUCUUGAUACAGAACUAAGACAAGAGCAACAUAAGAUGUUUCUUCAGAUUCUACGAAUAAACCUAACCAACCUCUUGCUGGGAAAAAAAAUAGAUGGCGAAACGUACCGCAAAAUACUUUCAACACAGGAAGCUGAACUGGAGCAGCUGGAAGCUCAGUAUCAGUCGAGAAUAAAUUCCACCAAACUGGCGCAGAAUCAAAGUUCUGAGUUCCAAACCAUGGAGGACAUUGAGAGAAGAGAGAGAGAGUAUUCAGAGCAUCUCUUACAGAAUAUAGAAGGGUUCUGGAAACAAACAGAGAAGGUGCAUCAGUUUCUUAUGGACCAAGCUAAGUGCACAUAUGAUGAUGCUAUGAAACUGAUGAUGAAUCUCACAUCCAAAAUGAUAAUGGUUGAAGACAUCCUGUAUGAUUCACAGGAGCUACAGAUAAUGGAAAUUCAAGAAAAGAUGAUCCGCUGGGAACAUAUGGCGAAGGUAGUGGAUUCUUUGAAGUACCAGAUACAGGAAGAGAGUGAAUGCCGACUGAACGCUGUUUCCAAAACUCUUCAAAAAUUAAACAAUAACCAGAAAAUUACAGUAAGACAGAAAGAACGGCAUCUCACUGAGUUAUUCAAAGCAUUUUGGGAGGAAGUGGCCCAGUAUAACAGUGACUGUCUACGGCAGACAAAAUUGUUGGUAUCCAAACAUUUGGAAAAUCGCGUUAAACUUGUAGAGAGCCUCAGGAAUAUGCAGAAAGAAGAGGAACUGACUUUCCUACAGAAGGCUCAAGGCACUUCAGAUGCUAAUAGUUUUAUAAAGGAGUACCACAAACUGCUAGAAAAGCAAAAGGAAUUUAGCUGUGACUUAGAAGAUGAAGAAGAUUGCAAAGUCAUUGACGAUGUUGCUGAUCUCUCUAAGGAUUUAUAUACCGGUGCCUCUCAAAGAUUUGAACAUCUUGUAAAAACACUAUUCCUUCAGACUCUUCCUGGAAUUACUAACUUGAGUUUAGAAGAAUGUGAGAAUCUGAAACAGGAGUUGAGACAUAAUUUGUCUGUUGAGCUGGAGAAAGCUGAAAAUGAAAGGAAAGCCAGGAUAAAAAUAUUCCAGGAAUCACUUCUUGAAGAGAAACAACUAUGGGCUAAGGAGCAUGCUCUGUCAUCAACACUUCAUAACUAUGCAUCAGAGAAGCAACAGCAAAUUAUCCAAGAAGUCUUAAUGCGAUUGGGUGGCCUAAAUGAAGAGUCCAACAAAAUGAUAUGUCAAAGACACAAGUUUUUUCUCCAAUCUGUUCUCCGCUCAUUAGCACUACGAAACAUUGCCGUGGCUACUUUGACACGUAUGAGGAUAUCAAGAAAAAAAAUACAUCUUCAGGAACUAAAAGAGCAACACACUUUAGAAAAGUCUAAAUGGCCUUGUCAGGAUGAAGGACAGUGGCAAAUUCAAAAUGACAUGGAAACACACAUAUUAGAAGAGGAAAGAAAGCUGGAGUCCGAUACCCAUCAUGCUCGCACUGAUUUUCAGCAGCAGCUGCUUGCAGACCUUAUAGAGGCAACCAACGCCAUCAGACAACACAUGGAGCAACUUACAGGACAAGCACUGAUACAGCACGCACAGCAAGAGGCAGCAAAAGGCAUGGCAGAGGGCCCCCCUGAGUUUAAGGAACGAUUGCUGGAAGCAGCUGUGGAAAGCGUGUAUGUAACAGGCAAUGGCGUUAACCAACUAGUACAAAACUACAAUCAAAAUAUAAAAAACACCUUAAAGCAUUUUGAAGCGGAAAAAUGUAGACAAUUACAGGAAAUAACAGAUAACACAAAAAUAUUUAAACAAAGGAAAAAGCAAGAACUACAGACUGCACCUGCAAAACAAAAACUUACCAAACAACCAUCAAGGUCUGAUCUUCAUAAAAGGCUGUUUUUGCACCAACAACAAUUGCAGAAGAAGUUUAUGGUAUAUGAACAGAUUCGCUUGGAAUCUCUAAAACAGAAAAAGUCUGUGUUGCAUCAAAUGAAAGCUCAGCUUGAGGACAGACUAAAGGAUGCAGAGCAAGAUUUCAUUGCUGAGCUGGCGGCGAUGGCUAGAAUUCGUAUCACUGACGGCACUAAUGCUGCAAACACACAAUCAGAACCAAUCACUAAAAAACAUCCGCAAAGAAAUUAAAGUAAGAAUGGAAAGAAAGAAGUUUAAAUUGCACCUUUCCCGGAGCAGCAAAUUUAAAGAAAACGAAGUUUGAAUAAAUUCCUUUUCCACUAGAGUUUGUAGAGUGUAAUCACACUGUCAUCAUGUUACUCUCCAUCUGGAACAAACUAGCUGGUGAUCAAGCUAGGCAACUAUCCAUUCUGGCAAAUGCGCUGACAUGUUUCUAAUGGAUUUACUUAAUAUAAUUUAUAUAAUAAUCUAUCAUCAUGAUAACUGGAUUGAUAAAGUACUCCAUGACAUUGUUUAGCAUCUCUAUCAACCACUUCAAUAUACAGUUGAAUUAUCAGACACUAGUGCAGUUAAAUAUUUUUUAGAAGAAAAAUGUUAAAGGCACACUGUAGUUACAAUGUUCUGUCAUCUAUAUGAAAAAGCGGUGUUUAAACGUGUAGGCAUUUUCUGUCUGAUAAAAUUAUGAGGUAAUAACUGUUUUAAUAAAUAUAACAGCACCGGUUUUUCACCCCCUACUAAUGAUUACUAGCUAGAUACAUCCUAGUAAUGACCAAUGAGCUUUAGCCAAAAGGUUAUUUUAAGCAAUGUGCAUUAGCAGGAAGUACCUCUCAGCCAAUGGGCAUUAGAUGGAAGUGCCUGUAAGCCAAUGAGCAUUAGAUGGAAGUGCCUGUAAGCCAAUGAGCAUUAGAUUGAAGUGCCUGUAAGCAAUGAGCAUUAGCAGAAAGUACCUCUCAGCCAAUGAGCAUUAUAUGGAAGUGCCUGUACGCCAAUGAGCAUUAGCAGAAAGUACCUCUCAGCCAAUGAGCAUUAGAUGGAAGUGCCUGUACGCCAAUGAGCAAUUAGCAGGAAGUACCUCUCAGCCAAUGAGCAUUAGAUUGAAGUAACUGUGAGCCAAUGAACAUAGGCAGGAAGUACCUCUCAGCCAAUGAGCAUUAGAUUGAAGUAACUGUAAGCCAAUGAGCAUUGGCAGGAAGUACCUCUCAGCCAAUGAGCAUUAGAUGGAAGUGCCUGUGAGCCAAUUAGCAUUAGUUGGAUAUACAUAACUGAUUAUGUAUUGGUAUCAGUCAAAAUUUCAAAAGCUUUUUUAUUAUUUUAAGUUUAAAGAUACAUGAUACUCCAUUUAUUUAUUUCAUGAUUCAGAGGAUACAGUUGUAAACAACUUUCCAAUUUACUUCUAAUAUGAAUUUUGCUUCAUUUUAUUUGUAUCCUUUAUUAAAGGAGCAGUAAUGCACUACUGGGAGCUAGCUGGACACAUUGGUAGGCCAAUGACAAGAGGCAUAUAUGUGCACCCACCAAUCAGCAACCUGAGCCUACCUAGGUAUGCCUUUUAACAAAAGAUACCAAGAGAACAAAGCAGAUUAGAUCAAAUAAAUUGUAUGUAUAUUUUUAGGAAAAACAGUGUACCUUUAAGCCUACCCCCUAAAAUGGAGGAAUAUCAGUAAAAUAAAAGCAUUAUCUCUUUUUAGGAUAAAAAUAUGGCUUUAUUACCUACGUGUGAUUAAAUUAUAGUUUCUGAGAACGUAAUACCUUAUAUUCUAGUGUGGCACAGUGCAGGUUAGGAGAAUUCACAACUGAUACACUGCACUUUGGUGGAACUCAUUUAGUCAUCAAGAGAUCUUUAAGUAGAUUAUCAGAAAAUGUAAAAGUUUGCUGUUCUAAUUCAUCUGCUCUUAUCCCUUUCAUUUACACAUUGGAGUAAGGAUAACAAAUUGAGGCCCAGAUUACAAGUGGAGCGCCCAAUAUUGCACUUACGCAAUCGCAAUAUUGCCACUCCAAUACCAGCCCACGUAAAUGAGAGCGCGCUUCCAUAGGCUCCAAUGGGAGCCUCUUUCUCAUGCUGUCAGACACGGCAAACUCCCUUGGGCAGCAAAAUAAAAAUGUGUAUGGAUAUAAACAUAUAUAUCUUUGUGUUUAUAUAUGUAUAUACAUAUACUGUAUAUUUAAAGUAAAAACACCAUCGAAGUCAAUGUAAAGGCACUUUCAGUUCUUUUUUUUUCUAACACCCCACAUCCACUCACUUUAACCUCUUAUUAUUGCUUUGUGCAGUUUAAAAAAAAAAUGCAAUUUUUUUUUAA